CAUCAUCAUCACCCACGAGCCAACUUCCCCGCCAUUGUCGUUUCCCUUCUCUUCGUCGCAGAUCCUGCAAAGCAAGGAAAGGGCCGCUCGCGAAAUGGCAUCUCCGGCGGCCGGCCACCUCGAGCCGUGGCGCGACCUCCGCGACAAGGUGGUGAUGGUCACCGGCGCCUCCUCCGGCCUCGGCCGCGAGUUCUGCCUCGACCUGGCCCGGGCCGGCUGCCGCGUCGUCGCCGCCGCCCGCCGCGUCGAUCGGCUCCAGUCCCUCUGCGGCGAGAUCGACGGCAUCGGAUCGCCGGCCCCCACGGGCGGCCGGAGGGCCGUGGCCGUGGAGCUCGACAUCGCGGCCGGCGGGGCCGCCAUCGAGAGGUCCGUGGGGAGCGCUUGGGAUGCGUUCGGGCGCAUCGAUGCGCUAAUUAACAACGCUGGGGUUCGCGGAUCUGUAAAAUCUCCACUAGAAUUGUCUGAGGAGGAAUGGAAUCAUACUUUCAAGACGAACCUGACAGGAUCAUGGCUGGUGUCAAAAUAUGUGUGCAUACGCAUGCGUGAUGCUCACCAGGGAGGAUCCAUUGUCAAUAUCUCCUCUAUCGCUGGUCUUAAUCGAGGACAACUUCCUGGGGGUGUUGCAUAUACUUCUUCAAAGGCAGCCCUAAAUACCAUGACAAAGGUCAUGGCCUUGGAACUUGGGGAGUACAAAAUUAGAGUGAACUCAAUUUCACCAGGACUUUUCAAAUCCGAGAUCACACAGGGUCUCAUGCAAAGAGACUGGCUGAAUAAUGUGGCUGAGAAAACCGUCCCUCUGAGAACAUACGGGACCUCUGAUCCGGCGUUGACUACGCUCAUCCGCUACUUAAUCCACGACUCCUCGGAGUACAUCACGGGCAACAUUUUCAUCGUUGAUGCGGGGGCCACCUUGCCAGGAGUUCCUAUUUUCUCUUCACUAUGAAAGGUCAACUGACAACAUGGGUACUUCUCCGUGUGGCGAGGGCAUCCCGAACAGAGUAGCAGAGUUGCUUUGCUGCAGGAUCGUAGUGUUCUUAGUUCUACUGUGUUGAAGUGUUGCUUAUGUGUUAAUAAUGAAUAAUCUAGCCUCGGUCAUUUGAGUUCUGCUAUAACAUUAGGUUGUGAUUCUAAGGAGAUGAGCACAACCCUGACUAUAUGUCCUUUUGGUCUCUGCAGUUGAAUGAGUGAAACUUCAAUCCAA